AUGAUGUAUUCUAUAAAUUUUUCUCUUCUCUAUUUUCAUUUUUACUUGGCAAUCCCCGGGUGCCACGAUUACAGUAAAGCAGGCGAUGGAGAAUACUGCAAUUUACCUUGGAUGGGACCAUCCGUUCUCGGAACAAAAUCUCAAAUUCCGCUCAAAUAUUCCACAGAAGAAAAGAA